AUGACAGCCCUAUACAAUGGAAUUGCCUAUGUCAAUGAGAGAAUUCUUUGGUAUUCCAACAUGACGGACAGACUUCUUUCCCCGAGGAAUAGCAACACGCCAUUGGAGCAAGUUCGAGAGUUCCUGGACUCGAAUAUGCUCGAUCUCUACCAAUCGCUCUUGUUCUACCAGAUUAAAAGUGUCUGCUUCUAUUAUCGAAAUCAGCUUUGGGCAGUCUUACGUUCGAUGGCGGAUCUAGAUGACUGGAAUGGAGAGCUGUCGGCAGUCACAGAGUCGGAAGUGAAGCUUCACCGUGACCUCAAUCUAUACAAGUUGGAGCAGAUGAACAAUGACUUCGAAAACCUCUCAAAUGAGUUCAGACAGUUCUCGAUGGCGCAGAUUGAGCGGGGGAAUCUAAGAGAAGACAAGCAGUGUAUGAAAGAUCUUUUCAAAAUCGAUCCUCGAGCCGAAAUUCGCGAAAUUCAGAAGGCAAAGGGAGAACCCAUCAGGGAGAUAUAUGACUGGAUUUUGAAGACCGAGAAAUUCGAACGCUUUAUGAACUGGGAAAAUCCCGAGUCCCCAAGUCUUCUAAAAAUCAAUGGACAAGCAGGAACCGGCAAGACAAUGAUGUCGGUUGGCCUUAUCCAAGAGCUUCUUGGUGAUAUUUCAGACGUCGAUCGCCCAGAAAUCAUUUACUUCUUCAUUCAAGAUAUCGGAGAGGAGUUCAACAACAGUGCAUCGAUCUUGAGAAGCCUCAUGUGGCUCCUCCUUGCUCAAAACCCGGCCCUGAUCUCGCAUCUGCGGCCUCACUAUGAUCAGACAGGCCCUGCACUUUUCCAGAACUCCCAGUGUUUCGCUGAUAUAUUGCCUAUAUUUCGGACUAUGCUACAAGAUACCGAUCUAGGUCGGGUUCUUGUUAUUUUUGACGCUUUGGACGAGUGUAAAGGCCCCGCCAACGAAUUUGGGGGUCUUGGUAGAGAUAUCUUUGACCUUCUGAAUGAGCUGCUCCAACAUGAUGAGAUCUCAUCAAAGAUCAAAGUACUGAUAACCACCCGACCGCUACUUGAGAUCGAUACUAUGGUGAGAAGGCUCAGCCCACAUUCCAAUGUUACGAUACAACUGGACGACCAUUCACUUUCUGGGCCCAUCAACAUCUUCAUCGAAUAUCAGAGACGCUCUCUCGAAGCUCAAGCAGGAAAACAGAUCAAUGUCGACAACGCGAUACAACAGCUAAAGGAAAACGCCGGUAGAACCUUCAUUUGGGUCUAUUUGGUAUGCGAUCAGCUUCUUCAGUUGGAUUCCGGUCAAUGGAAACAGACUCUGGAGAAUGCCCCUCCGAAGCUUGAGAGUCUGUAUCAAUUCCUGUUAGAUAGGCUAAGCGCUCCAGCACAAAGUCGAUGGUUCGGUUAUUGCAAGAAGGUGCUACUUAUUGUAAUGCUGGCCUAUCGACCCUUGACGUUGAAGGAAAUGGAGGCUUUCAUUGAUCCACCAAGCGACAUCAGCUUGGCAAAGAUUGUUCAGGACUGCAGAUCUUUCCUGGUAGUCCAUCAAGAUACAGUUUUUCCAAUCCACAAAUCCGCGAUUGACUAUAUCCGGAAGAAUCGUGAAGUUCUGAGUCACAGUUCCUUUGACGAACUACAUCAUGAAAUCCUCCAACGAGCUUUAGCCCUGAUGACGGGCAGCCUCAGGAGAAACAUGUACGACCUUGCUUGUCACGGUGUGUCCAUUGAAGAGGCACAAGCUCCGGGAUUGAGUUCUUUGCAUUCCAUCGGAUAUUUCUGCCAGCAUUGGAUUGAUCAUUUGAAAGAAAGUCGCUUGAAAGACCCUGUUUUGCAAGAUUCCGAUAUUUUGAACCUCGACAAAUUCUUUCACGUGCACUUUUUGCAUUGGUUAGAGGCCUUGAGCUUGUUGCAUGUUUUACCUGUUGCAAUGGAUACAGUCAAUGAUUUGCUGUCCCUACUUCCGUUCCUCAUCGACGCGAAGAGAUUUCUCGCAAGAUUCUCACCGAUCAUAGCUGAAGCACCGCUUCAAACCUAUGUAUCUACCCUGGUAUUUGCUCCCGAGGAGAGUAAAGUUAGAGAAAACUUCCACAACGACAAGCCCCAUUGGGUAUCAAGAGUAAGGCCAUCUGAUUCAAGAUGGAGCACAUUAAUACGAUCUAUCCAACCACAGGGGUGGACCGGCUAUUAUUCUGUGGCAGUCUCUCCAAAGGGUGAUAUUAUGGUGGCAGCAUCGGGAGAAUCAGUCGACGUAUUCAACAUGGCAACAGGAACGCUAGUGCGGCGCCUCAAAACAGAUUCCAGUCCAUCCAUCUCCUUCUCGCCGUGUGAAGAGCUACUUUCUAUAUACUCAGCAAAGGAUAGAAUGGUGAAUAUUUGGGACACAUCAAGAUGGAAACAUGUCAAAGCAUUGGUCAACCCUGACAAGGAAACAUUAGACUGUGCAUUCUCCCCGCUUGGUGGUGCAAUUGCCACAGCAUCGUCAAAAAAAAUUACCCUGUGGGAACUUGCCACUGGGAAUGUUGUUUGGUCAAGACCCCAUCGUUCCGAAUUUGGUGUGUUUGUCUCUUUCUCCCCUGAAGGCCAUGUUGUUUCCGACUUUCAGCAUGAGGCCCGUCUCUAUCAUCGAGACUCAGGGCAUCCUGUCAGCACCGUCUUUAGGAUGAGAUCAGUCGAGGACUCAUCCGACAGUGUUAGGACUGUGAGUUACUCUAAGAAUGGCUCAUGGGUUGCUUUGCGUUCUAGGAACGAAGUCAGAGUUUUGAAUUUGUCUUCCGGAGAUGAUGAGCUGUCUGAGUCAGGAGAUUUUAGAUGUGUGGCCUUCUCCCCGGAUAGUCGGCUCCUAGCUAUAGGCGGACUUCGAGACCCAAUAAGGAUAUGGGAUACCAAGACAUGGAACUUAUUGCAGACUCUGGAAGCUACCGACUUUAUGAUCGACCUAGUGUUUCCUGCAAACAAUCAGGUCCUGGUAUCUGCAUCAUUGUCUGGUAACGUCAGUAUAUGGGAUGUUGCCUCGGUCAAUCUACGCGACGGUCAAGAGGGAGAUCCACGGAUCAUUCCAACUGAAGUCCUUCUCGUUCAAUACUCUCCAACUGGGAAGUGCGUGGCUUCAGCUCAUGAUAAUAACAAACUCGCCGCUUGGGAUCCUGACACUGGCAAAGUGGCACACACACGCGAACUUGGAGUCUUAGCUAAGAAUUUGCUAUUUUCCCCUGAUGGUGAGCACCUAUUGGCAUACCUUGAGCACAAAUUUCGAAAACCGUUAGUACUGAACGCGAAAACUGGAGAAAUUGAACAAGAGAUUCUUUUGGAUAUGCCUCUGUCUGCGUUAAAACCAUGUUUUCUGGACACCCCAGGGGGAAUAUGGCUGGAAAUGCAUCAAUCGGGUCACAGAUGA